GGCUCCUCCUUCAUCUCUCAUUAUUAUAAAAGACACAACAUUUUGGAGACUCAGUGGAGGUGACGUGUGAUCCAACAUGUGGCUUCUCUUGGUUCCCGCCUGCCUGGCAAUCUUCACCUCUUCCCUUACAUCAGCAUCAGAACCCCAUUAUGUGAUUACAGUUCCUGCAAACUUACAGCAGGGGACCGAGGAGAAAGCCUGUGUGACCUUCCUCGACCUGAAGGGAGAGGUUGACCUCAAAAUAGAGCUGAAGAAAGAUGACCAAAUUCAUACUAUAACUGAAUGUAAAAUAACCACCCAUGAUCAUUCAGAGUGCUAUUCCUUCCAGGUCCCAUUGAUAAAAGAGGAUGAUUCAGUCUGGCAGUUACAUGUAUCUGCACAUGGAGAACAUAUCAAUGUGGAUGAAAGCAAGAAAGUCGUUAUUGUAAAAAAAAGUGAUGUGUGCAUUGUUCAGACUGAUAAGUCCACUUACAAGCCAGGAGAUAUAGUGAAAUUCCGGUUGAUGUCUGUAAAUCAUGAAUUUCUACCCUUAAAUAAAAAGUAUCCUUUGGUUGAAAUUAGAGACACAAAUAGAAACCGCAUAGCUCAGUGGCUGGAUGUGUCUACAGAGCAAGGAUUCGCUGACUUCAGCUUCCAUCUGGCGCACGAACCAGAGUUUGGAGAGUACAAAAUUAAUAUACCUAAUGGCUGUGAAAAAUACUUUAAUGUAGAUAAAUAUGUGUUGAGGAGGUGGGAGUUAAAAAUCAAUGCCCCAUCUGAAGUAUCCCUGGCAGAUAAGUCAGUUCACCUGGAAGUUUGUGGCAGUUAUAUUUAUGGAAAGCCAGUAGAAGGCAAUAUUGACCUUUCAGUGUGUCUUGAACAUCUACCUGAUUUUGGUUACUGUAAAAUAGAAGAGGAAGAAAAGGAAGAAGAAAAAGAAGAUCAUCAUAAGUGCAUAAUAAUUAAGGAAGAGACUGAUAGCAAAGGAUGCGUCGUCAGAGAUAUCCAGCUUGAUACUUUGAAAUCGUCAUCAUCAUCCAUACAGUACAUCAGUUAUUUAGAUAUUGAUGCUGAACUGACAGAAGCCAGCACAGGUCAUAGCGAAAAAUUAUCACUUGACAUUUACCUCAACUCAGUACAUAAAAUGUUAAAGUUUUUGGAAUGUGAACAUGUUUACCAUAAAGAAUUUCCAUAUCAUGGCAAGGUUCAAUUCAUUGAGAACAAAAAACCCUUGGCCAAUGAAGCCAUAACCAUUAGUGCAUUAAAACUAGAAGACGGUUCUGAAAUCACAUCUCUACAUGUGGUGACUGAUUCAAAUGGAAUUGCACAGUUUUCAUUCAACACUUCCGAGUGGGAGCAUCUUGCUUUGCAUGCACAACUCACAUCUAAUGUUCCUGUGAAAGAUGAUGAUGAUGCAAUUUAUCCUUACCAACAUAUCCCCCAAGACUGGUUGUGGCUUUCAGCCUUCUAUUCUAAAAGUGACAGUAUGCUGUCUAUACAACACCAUCCAGAGGAAAUUUCAUGCCAUUCUGAGCAGUCAUUGACGGUGAACUAUGAAAUCCAUAGGAAAAACCUGGAGUCUAAUAGCGAUCAUCUGCACUUUUUCGAAAUUCUUUUAACCAAAAGUGGGAUCUUCUCUUACAAGGAACAUAAAGUAGAUAUUAAAGACCAAGAAAAUAUAAACCAACAUAUACAUGGUUCAUUCCCUGUUAAGUUCCAUGUUGAUGAUGAUUUCUUCCCUACAUUCAAUGUUUUUGUUUUCUCUAUUCUGCCCAAUGGAGAGACCUUUGCUGACACUACAACUUUCAAUGUUUCACCAUGUCCACAAAGCAAGGUAAAACUUAGCUUCUCUGAAGAACAAGUCCGACCUGGGGAACAUGUGAAUCUGGAAGUUACCGCAGUUGCUGGAUCCUUGUGCUCCGUGCGUUCUGUAGAUAAAGGAUACUUGCUGGAAAAACCUCAUGAUGACAGUUCACUAGUUACAGAAGUGACUGAAACAUUGAGGAAUGCUAUUCAAUACAAUCAAUACGCAUAUCUAUUAAGGGACCCUGAAGUACGCCAGUGCCCUGAGAAUACUACUAUGGAAGAAGAGUACAGAAUUGAUGUUUUCAGUUUAUUUGAAAAAAACCAUCUAAAGUGUUUUACCAACACUCAGAUGAAGGCACCACUGAAAUGCCUCACACGUGAUUUUGCUCAACGUUCCGCUACUCUAAAGAAAACUGAAAAGAAAGAUAAUGAGAAAGAGAUCCAGAGACGAUUUCCUAGAAGAUACUUUCCAGACACCUGGCUGUAUGAGUUGGUUCCUGUGGGCUCAGAUGGACACACUGUACUGAAUCUAACUACACCAGACAGUAUCACUAAGUGGGUGACUGAUGCUGUCUGCUUUGCAAAGUCUGGUGUUGCCAGUGUCAAGGAUGUUGAGCUUACCGCCUUCCAAACUUACUUCAUUGACCUGAUUGUCCCCUACUAUGUUAUACAAGGAGAGAAAUUUACCAUACAAGCUGUGGUCUACAGCUAUGCAAAGAAAUGUAUUCUGAUUGUCACCUCAUUGGCUGAUUCUGAAGACCUUAUAACAGUCAAAGAUAAGGAGCAGGCCAGAUGUGUCUGUGGGGGGCAUUCACACAGCUUCACCUGGGAUGUCUCAGCCAAAAAACCAAAGACACUAAAGAUUCAGGUUGACAGUGGCUCUCUAGAAGUGGAAGGUGAUUGUACCCAAGAUGCUCUUCUGAUAGGAAAGGACCACCGAAAGGACUCUGUGGAGAAAACCAUUGUGGUCAAGCCAAAAGGAUAUGAAGAGGAGAUUGCACAGACAUUCCUUAUUUUACCAUCAGACAAGCAAGAGGGAAUUGUUAUUAACAUCGAUACUCCAGAGAGACUAGUACCCGACUCUGAACGUGCCCACCUCAUAAUUCAGGGUGAUAUCAUGGCCAAUGUUGUUGCUAACUUGGACGAUGUCAUCCGGAUGCCUGAAGGAUGUGGAGAGCAGAACGGAGCAAAGAUGUUAAGAUUUGCGCACACACUGGACUAUCUCGAGAGCAUACAUGAACUAACACCUGAACAAAAAGCCAAGUCUCUAGAAUCUUUGGUUGAAGGUUAUCAAAAACAGCUCACAUUAAGGACUGAAAAUGGAUCCUAUGCAAUGUUUCCUGGGGACCAUGAAAAUAUAUGGCUAACGGCAUUCGUAAUCAAGUCUUUGAGUGCGGCUCAGAAGUACAUCUACAUAAAUGAAAACCACAUCCAACAGGCUGUGAAGUGGCUGCAUAGCAAGCAAUUGUCUGAUGGCUGCUUCAGAACCGACGAAAGUUACUUUAACAACUACAUAAAUGAAGAAGGACAUAUCAUGUUCACGACUUACGUCGCAAUCGCUCUUUUGGAACAUCACGUUGUGUACAAUGGAAGUAUUGUUGAAGAUGCCCUAAAGUGUCUCAAGAAUUCAAUAGCAAAUGUUACAACGGAGCACAACCUGGCAAUUCUGGCAUAUCUCUUCACCUUAUCAGGAGACAGUGAGCUGAGAGAUCAGAUGCUGAAGGCACUGCACGAGAAAGCUGCACAAGAAGGAACUAAUAAAAUAGGAGCACACAAGGAACAAUGCUACACAAACACUGAGACGGCCUCAUAUGUCAUUCUGGCCUUGCUUUCUGAAAAGACUGUCACCAUCAAGACUCUGGAGGAUUGUGUGGAUGGCAUCCGUUGUAUUUUGAAACAGCAAAAUCCAUGGGGUGGCUUCGGAUCUACUCAGGACACAACCAUAGCUCUUCAAGCUCUAGCUAAAUAUGCCAAAGCCAUCAACCACAAGAAAGGGGAUGCAACGGUGACAAUUCAUUCAGAGUCCGGCUUUAAAAAGAUAGUUCACAUAGACAAAAGCAACAGUCUUCUUGUACAAACAGUUGACCUUCCUGAAAUCCCUGGAAAAUAUACUGUUGGCGUUGAAGGCGAAGGCCUUGCCUAUGUGCAGUCACAUGUACAUUACUAUGCUCUGCCUGAGAAAAAAGGAAAAGAGCCCUUUUCUUUCAACGUAAGCACUGAGCCAUCUACUUGCACCCAUGCAUCUCAGAAAAGGUUUGAUGUACAUGUGGAUGUCAGUUAUUCAGGACAUCGAGAAAACACUAAUAUGGUAUUAAUUAUGCUACAGCAUGUGUCCGGAUAUGUUCCUGUUAAGGACAGUGUGAAAAAGCUGGAGAAAAAUGCUCUUGUGGAAAGGACAGAAAUAACAAAUCAGAACAUUUCCAUUUACCUGUCCAAGCUCACUCAUGAACCUGUAAGCCUUAACUUUGCUAUGGAACAAGAAGUUCAUGUGGAGCAUCUACAGCCCAGCGUUGCUGCAAUAUUGGAUUACUACGAUCCAGAUGAACAUUCUGUGGUCGAAUAUACUCCCCCUUGCGUUUCAGCCGUAGCUCACUGUGCCGUAUCUCCCGCUGAGAGAAACGAUUGUGGAUUCCCGGGUGUUACAAAGGAGCUAUGUGAACAGAGAGGCUGCUGCUAUGACCCCAGCAUCCCUGGGACCAAAUGGUGUUUCUUCCAAGUCUUUAGCAAGACAGAAGAGGACUAAUCAAGGACCAGCAAAUACACAUUAAAAAGGUUUCCUCUUCUCUAUGGAACUGACAAUGACAAGUAUUCAAAGAGAGUGACAAGUCAUAAAACUAUCAAAUUCUGUGCCUUGAAAAUAAAUAAAUGUGUCCUUCUAACAAAA